UGGCGGGUUUACCAACAAAGAGUGAUGCCUCUCAGAAGGAAGUAGAAGGGCGCGCAUAUGAAGAAUCUCGUGGAGCACUUGAAGAUUCUGAUGAACUUGAUGAGCGAUAUCUGUACUUGAUUGCAAGAAAAAUAGAACCAGACAAGUACUUUGACAUGGGUAUGUUACUUGGCCUGGAAUAUUCGGAAGUCGAAUCCAUUAAAACAAGCAACCCACACAGUUCUAGCCAAUGGGUGUUUCUCGUAUUAAACAAAUGGAGACAAAGGCAGGAGAUGGAUGCUGACAAAAUACAAAUUCUUGCAGAUGCACUUCAGGAGAUAGGAAAAGUUGAUCUUGCAAUUAAAGUCAGGGCAGCCAAAAUGACAUCCAGUAAGUCAGCUCGUUCGAAGUCUCGAUGUGACGAACUGUUAGUAACCCCGAGUAAUGGAAUUGCUCAAAUUUCAUUCAAUAUACCAAAUGCAUAUUGAAAUAACAACUAAAGACAAAGGAAUGGGUAUUACUUUAUCUCCUUUGUCAAGUGCCGCAAGUACAGUUCAGCAAGAAACCAGUAUUGAGAAAGAAGCUUUGAAAACUGCAUCAGACCCAACGUCUAAUCAACCAUUGGUUGACUGUUUAUGGCAAAAUGGAGUGAAACAUGAAAUUAGCACACAAGGUUCACUUGUGAUUAAAGUGAAAGUGGUUGAUCAGCAGAAGGCAGCAAAGUUGAUCGAAGACUUCAAUACUGGCUCAUUGACGAUGACUUUGGUUGAGCUAUUGAUUCCAGAAAAUACGAGGAAGAAAUAUAUCGGAAUAUCUUUCACUGUGCAAUUAACCUUAGAUGAGGGAUUUGUUCGUGAUUGCUUAGGUA